UGUCGUCGGCAUUCGUGACCGCGAAAUAAACGACGAAACAUGUCCGGACCGAUAGUCAGUCGUGCGCAGACACUCUGCGAUGAUGUUCAAAUAGGUGCAACGGUGGUCUGCGUAGUUUGUAACAGGACUGACAAGCUGUUAAAGUGUUCACGGUGCAAGGCCGUCUUCUAUUGCACCAAGGAACACCAAAGGCGGGACUGGAAACGUCACAGAGAAUUUUGUGCGACUCAUUCAGUUCGAUCGAUUAUACCAGAUACGAUUUCGAGCACUAAUCAAAAUUUUAUUUCGGAAUCUGAUAAAAAGAAUUCUUCUCUCGAGAACAGCCAGAAAGCAGAUACACCAGUAGUUUCUAACCUAAAUGAAAAACCAGUGUCAGAGACAACGCGGCGAUCAAACACUGCUCGGACUGCUCCAGAACAUCAUAACGCAAAACAUCCAGAAGGAAUAAACAAGCACAAGGAAGAGAUAAAAGGACAAUCGGAGCAUAAAGGGGAUCAAAAUCCAAAGAGGAAAUCUAACAGUACUAAAGCAAAAGGUACACAUAACAGCAGAGCAGAUGGAUGGACUUCUCCUAUAACAUACGAAGGAAGUUCUGAAGAUACAAUCUUAGGUGCCAGAGCAGAAUUGUUGAAUCCUGUUCUGGAAAGCUCAAGAAUUCUUGAUAAUCUGCAAGAUAAUGAUUUAGAGAUGCCUACGCAACAUCAUAACGGUAUGAAGAACUUCCCAGAGGUUCAUUUGGCUCGAGAGGAGGAACUUUUACCACCUUUCCUUCAUAAAAACAGAAAUAAUCUUGAGGAGUUAAUAGAUGAGAUCUGCAGAAAUGUGAUCAGGGACAUGGAUGAAUAUGGUGUGUGCGUGGUAGACAAUUUUCUAGGCACAGAAAAAGGUCUUGCUGUGUUAAACGAAGUUUUAAAUAUGUACAGUGCUGGGUUAUUUAAAGAUGGACAGUUGGUUUCUAAUAAAGCAGGUGCAAAUGAUUUAAAAACAAUUCGUGGUGAUCAAAUAACGUGGUUAGAUGGAAAAGAAAAACAAUGUCAGAAUAUUGGAAUGCUUAUAUCUCAAGUUGAUGCCAUCAUUAUGAGGGCAAACAAAAUGCAGAACAAUGGAAAAAUGGGAAACUAUACAAUCAAUGGUAGAACAAAGGCGAUGGUGGCUUGCUACCCUGGUCACGGUUCGCAUUACGUGAAGCACGUGGACAAUCCUAAUCGAGAUGGACGAUGCAUCACCGCUAUAUAUUAUCUCAAUCGAGAUUGGGAUAUCAAGAAAAAUGGCGGCCUCCUGAGGAUAUUCCCGGAAGGCUGGCGCGAUCAAGUGGCAGAUAUCGAGCCUCUCUUCGACAGGAUACUAUUCUUCUGGUCUGACAGGAGAAAUCCACACGAAGUACAACCCGCAUAUAAAACCAGAUACGCGAUCACUUUGUGGUACUUCGAUGCCGAAGAGAGGAAUCAAGCUUGCCGAAGAUAUCAGAGAGAAAGGGAGCUGCAUACGAAGAAAGAGAACUCGUGAGAUAUGGAGUG